UUCGCUGCUGAUCCGAAGAGCUAGCGCGCGAUGGCCAACAACCUCCUCCGUCCGCUCGCGCUCCUCCUGGCCGUCCUCGGCUGCGCGCUGUGUCCCCGCGCCGAUGCCACCGCGUUCGAGGUCGGCGGCGACGACGGGUGGGUCGUGCCGCCGGCCAGCGACGGCGGCAGGUACAACCAGUGGGCGUCCAAGAACCGCUUCCUCGUCGGCGACGUCGUCCACUUCAAGUACAGCGAGGACUCGGUGCUGGUGGUGACGGAGGCCGACUACGACAGCUGCCGCGCGUCGCACCCCGUCUUCUUCUCCAACAACGGAGACACGGAGGUGACGCUGGACCGCCCGGGCCCCGUCUACUUCAUCAGCGGCGAGACCGGCCACUGCGAGCGCGGCCAGCGGAUGGUCGUCAGGGUCGCCGGCCAGGGCGCGCCCCCGCCGGCGCCUCCCAGCCCGCCGGCCCCAACCGGCGGCAGCGCCGCGCCAGGCACCACCAGCGGCGCCAUCGCGGCACUGGCCAUGGCGUUGCUGGCCAUCGCCAUCGGCGUCUGAGUGAUCACUCACUCGCGGGGGCGAGUUUGCGAUUAAUGGCGCUCUCCAUUGUUUGCGAUUAGGCGCGCGUGUCUUUCGUAGAUGAAAUGAAAUUAGUGGUGAGAAUGAGAAGAUUGCGAGAAGAGUUUUUGUUUUGUUUUAUUUAAUUUUUGGAUUUUGCACCCCCCCCCCCCCCCCCCCCCACCCAAAAAAACCGUAUUGUUUCGAUGUACGUAUUUUCGGCGCGUACACAUGUGACGACAUGAUGGCAAAAGUAUUAUGCCCGGCGUUUC